AGUGGCGGGAGUGAUGAGACCAAUAAACACUGUUAACUGAUAAGUUUUAAUAUAUGGUUUAUCGUGUGUGAUCGUUAAAAGAUGACUGCAACGGGUACAAUUACUUCUCAGGCCGUAACAGAAUGGGUAAAAUUAUUUCCGCGUACGGUAACAGAGACGUAUACAAGUUCAGUAACAUUUAUGAAGCAACUGACGGUAAUCGCAGUUAGUACUAUAACGUAUUUGAAGAACGUGUUCCCGGAGGAGAGCUACACCGUGGAGAGCUUCGGAGGCAUUCGGCUGAGGAUAUUGAAGAAGAAGUGUAAAGACGAACUGGCCCAGUUCGUAAGCACCGCUCUAACGCAAGCGUUUGAGGCGUUCGAUAAGAAAUAUCUGCAUCAACUAGCGCUAUGCUUUUACGACGGCGAAUGCAAACUCGAGAAUCUAAUAGAGUACCACGUUUUUGAGUUUUCAUACAACCCCGAUGGGGUGACCAUGGACGUGCACUCCAAAAACCGGGACAGUGCGAAACGUUCCACUCGGUACUCCUUCGAUAAUGUUAGGGACAGGACUAUCCACAUGAUCAGGUCGUGUGUGGUCAUCAUGCAGACUUGCCAGAAUGAGCUGCCGUCGACCUAUGACGUGAGCUUGAGGCUUUAUUAUAAUGAUAGCGCACCUGAAGGUUACCAGGCGCCUGGUUUCCUCUCAACGUCUGAGUCGGAGGACCACAUAGAGAGCACCCUCGCGGAGGCCGUGAAGCUGGGCUGGGUGGAGACUCCGUACCACAAGCUGGUCACUCGAACCUAUUGCAAGGAGGCUAUGACCUCCAGCCACGAUGCUAUUCCGUCACAAAACCCGCCCGCCAUGACACAAGAUCAAGGCGACGAUUUUAACCCGCGUGAGGGUGACCAGAGAAGCACGCCGGGACCAGAGGUGAGCGCCGGACAGCUACUCUGUUCAUGCAACAGAACUGAUGUGGAAGAUCAGAACUUGCUGCUCACUUGCAUACACUGUGGCCGUCUCCAACACGCGUCAUGUUACGGUGUCCGUCGUCAGCACGUGGCCAACAUCCGCCACACGUGCGUGGAGUGUGGCGCGCAACACGCGGACAGCGUCACCGACCCACGACUCGACGAUCUCACGCCACACAAGCGAGAGUGCUUGUGUAUAUUCCGCCGUACCCUCGACUGGUGUGCGCAAGAGUCGAGUGUCUCGGCCACGCAGCUGGUGGACAAGUUCGACAUGUCGCAUGUAAACGCCACCAAGCUCAUGAAGCUGCUGCACUCCCACGGGAUCAUCGAGGAGGACUCCGGCUCUGAUCAAACUUCUUCCCGUCAAAUAAUCCACAACCAACUGGAACGAGUCAUGGUCAAGUUCUUCCAAAACGAAGAACAGAACAUAGUCGACCGUCUCCUAGCUGAAACGUUAUCCCAAACCAGUAAAUCCGAUCCAGUUGGAGAUGUCCUCAGCCCUAUGGAGAAAGUAAGUCUUCAAACGGCAUCAACACUUGGCCGGGUUGUACAACCAGAGGUGAUCAAAGUUCCAGAAGAUUCCAUGCUAAAGGAAUACAGAGAAGCAAUACUGACGAACCAGGUUGUUGAUGAAGAAAUGCCUUUGAGUGGAAAUCAUAAUCCGGUUAAAGAUAUGGAGAAAAUAGGUAAGCCAGGGAAAAGGAAAUUAUCUGAUGGGACUAAAAGAGGUGUUAGAACGAAAAGAGCUAAAACAACGAAAAAGAUUUAGAUACGGUGUUUAUGGAUUUUUUGUUAUUUUUGCAUUGUUUCUUAGAUAUUUAAUUAUAUUCGACAUUUCUAUCUUUAAUUUCACGUCAAAUACCUGAAUGUCAAGUGCUUGAUGUAAUAACAACUUUUUUGUCAGUUUAUUUUUGUAAUAUGAAGUAGGAAUUUCGUUAGAUAUUUUCUAAGUUAAACUAUAAAUAUGUUCUUCAGAAAUAAU